AUGUUUUACCGAGCAAGCUUCAAGCCUGGAGAUAUAUCUCUCUACGGAAUAUACGGAAUCCAGUACCAAGGUGAGAGUCCCUCAGGCCGGCAGCUGGAUCUCAUUCAAAAGUUCGACGAGCUCAUCUCUGGGCAAGCUCACCUUGAUCGCAUCACUGUUCCUGGCAACGAUGGAUUUGCCACUCAGAUCUGGCUUUCAUACUGGUGGCCAGAUUCUCACAAAGAAUGGUGGCCCAAGCCUGCCGUCAAAGAGUUUUGGGACGGCCUCCCAGAAGACGCAGGCAUGUGGCGAGAAGUCCUCACCGUCUCGCCCAGCAGAGUGCAGAACGCAUGCACUGCUGGGUUGAAGAAUGGAUUGAAUGGUCUUGGAGAUAUGGAGCCGUUCAGUGACAAGAUCGGAUAUUGGGGCUGUGUUCGUCAUCGUAUACCUGAUGUCAGUUUGGGUGACAAACUUGCCUCUUCGCUUGAGGAUAUACCUUCACGAGUCCCAGAGACAUCAGAUAUCCGUCUUGGAAGAACACUCGUCACCGGCUUGCCAGACAACAUCUGUUUCCUCGUCGAAGGUCAAGACCAUACACGCAUGUCAGCAAGGGAGAAAGAUUUGUGGUUUGAAGAGUUUGAUGAGCUCGUCACCGGAUGGAUGGAACACUUGGGCAAAGAUACCACGACCAACGGGCUUUUCGAUGUGCGGAUGGGUCACGUCUCAGACUGCGGAAUAUUCAAGGAUACAGGCCCAGUCAACCUGAACCAUAACAGGAAGAUUGAGAUGUUUUACUGGAUGGACAUGAGCAAAUUCGAGAGGGCUGGUCGAGUUCACAGAGGUCACAUCAAGCUCUGGCAACGUUGGAUGGAGGCGUACGGACCGGGAUGGGAGAUGGGGGAUGGUGUGGGUAAGAUAAACACCUAUGGGAGGAAACAUCGAUUAUGA